ACAAGUGGCCAAGUGCAAAGACUGCAAGUGUGGGUAUUUGGACAGGGCAGUAGUCUCUUUAUUAUAUAGUCUUAGUACGUUCCGAUGUGUUUGUUUCUAGGGGGGACAGAAACAACGACGGACCGGAUUUGCAUGGAGAAAAUUUGAGAACAACUUGGUUCUGUUAGGAGUUAUAUAAGGAUGACAGUCACUCUCCUUAUCUAACAAGCUUUAUUAGACAUUAGUACAAUGUGAAUGGCUUCUGCUGGAGCUCGUUUAACACGGCUUUAUAUCUCAUGUCCCGGUGUUAUUUUACUUAGAUCAUUGUCAAAUGCGGCAAUGGAUGACAUGGGUAUAAGCACGAGCCGCUCUUGCUUUGAACGACUGCAGUUUGACAAUGUUGCUCUUAAACAACUUCCACUGGACCCGUCCACCGAACCAGGAGUCCGACAGGUCCGGGGGGCCUGUUUCUCUAGAGUUCAACCCACCCCUCUAAAGAACCCAAAGUUUGUGGCAGUUUCAGGUCCAGCUCUGGCACUUCUGGGUCUUGAUGCUGAUGAGGUUCUGAAGGAUCCACUGGGCCCAGAGUAUCUCAGUGGGUCUAAAGUGAUGCCAGGAUCAGAGCCUGCUGCCCAUUGUUACUGCGGACACCAGUUUGGACAGUUUGCAGGACAGCUUGGUGAUGGAGCUGCAUGUUAUCUAGGAGAAGUGAAAGCCCCAGUGGAUCAGAGCCCUGAAUUACUGCAUGAGAAUCCCACUGGACGCUGGGAGAUCCAGGUGAAGGGUGCCGGCCUGACACCAUACUCUAGACAGGCAGAUGGACGGAAGGUUUUGCGCUCCAGCAUACGCGAGUUUCUGUGCAGCGAGGCGGUUUUUGCCUUGGGAGUGCCGACCACGAGAGCUGGAUCAGUAGUGACGUCAGAUUCACGAGUCAUGAGGGAUAUCUUCUACGAUGGCAAUCCACGCAUGGAAAGAUGCUCUGUGGUCUUGCGCAUUGCUCCCAGUUUUAUUAGGUUUGGAUCAUUUGAGAUCUUCAAACGAGCUGAUGAGUUCACUGGUCGGCAAGGUCCCAGCUAUGGCCACAAUGAGAUCAGAACUCAGAUGCUGGAUUAUGUCAUUAUGAACUUCUACCCAGAGAUCCAUCAGAAUCACUCAGACCGCACAGAGAGGAAUACUGCUUUCUUCAGAGAGGUGACUUUACGAACAGCGAAGCUGGUGGCUCAAUGGCAGUGUGUGGGUUUCUGUCAUGGAGUCCUCAAUACUGAUAACAUGAGCAUCCUGGGCCUGACUUUGGACUAUGGGCCUUUUGGCUUCAUGGAUCGUUUUGACCCAGAUUUCAUCUGUAAUGCUUCCGAUAAUUCAGGCCGGUAUUCUUACCAGGCCCAACCAGCCAUCUGCCGCUGGAAUUUAGCUCGACUGGCUGAAGCCCUGGAGCCUGACCUACCUCCAGACCGGGCAAAACAGGUACUGGAUGAGUACCUGCCGCUCUACAAUGGCUUCUAUCUGAGCAAUAUGAGGAAGAAACUGGGUCUGCUGAGGAAGGAGGAACCAGAGGAUGAGAUGCUCAUCACAGAACUUAUGCAAACCAUGCAUAACACGGGUGCGGACUUCACCAACACUUUCCGCAGCUUGAGUCAGAUUUCCUGCCCAACAGCAGGGGAAGAUGAAAGUGAGGUUAUAAAACAAGCCACAGAGCUACUCCUGCAGCAGUGUGCCUCUCUAGAGGAGCUGAAAGCAGCGAACAAACCCACCAUGGAUCCACGUGAGCUUGCAAUGCUGCUGUCCAUGGCUCAGAGUAACCCUGCACUGUUCCAGAUGAUUUCGGACAGGAAGACAGUCGCCCGGCAGCUUGAAAGACUCUCAAGACUGAAGGAGCUGAUGGACACUACUGCAGAACAACUGUGGGCCAAGCAGAAUGAAGACUGGUCCUGCUGGAUCAAAAAAUAUAGGCAGCGGCUUGCUUAUGAAUGUGAGUCAGGGGUUGAUGUGAAAGAUCUACAGAAGGAGAGAGUGUGUGUGAUGAACAACAACAACCCACAUGUAGUGCUCAGAAACUACAUUGCCCAGAAUGCAAUAGAGGCAGCUGAAAAUGGUGACUUCUCAGAGGUCCAGAGAGUUCUGAAAGUGUUGGAAAAGCCGUUCUCUGUCCAGGAAGGUCUUGAACAGCCAGGCUUAGUGGCUAGAGGAGGAGCCACGGCUCCAGGGGAGAGAGAUGAGACCGGAGAAGAAGGGAAUACUUCAGGAGCAGAGGCUCGAGUACUUGUUCCAUAUGACAGCAAGCCCCCCAUCUGGGCCAAUGAGAUCUGUGUCACCUGAUCAUCAUAAAACCUUUGUGACUACUAACCUGCUCAUUUAAGCAGAAUAAUCCUGCAGAAGCUGGUUAGGUGUCAGUGAAGGUAUUAAAUGAGGUAUUAAACUCCUGUCCACCAGUUAAAAACAUGCAGUAAGAUGUGUGUAGGGGCUAAAUGAAAAUCCAGCACAUUUACUGCUGCACAUUUAACUGGUUACAAAUGAUGACUUUGACCACCAGUCUAACCAUGACAGGUCUCAGUCUGAAAGAUAGAAGUUGUGCCUUUAUAUAUAAAUUAACUGUGGAUUUGAAUGUAGAAGGGUGUAUGAAAUGAAACGCACAAGCCAUUGAGCAAUGUAGCUCCAAAGCUUAAACGCACAAAUCAUUUACUUAAAAGGUAUCUAUCUCACUUUCAUGUAGUUAUACAAGUAUGUAGCGCUGAUUUAAAGGAUUAGGCCACUUUUAAAUAAAAUUUUCCUGAUAAUUUACUCACCCCCAUGUCAUCCAAGAUGUCCGUG